GCCCCCGGCAGCGGCCCACGCACAAGAUACCUGCUAGCGUUUGGGCGCAGAGAUCCUUCGCGCUGAUGCGCUCGACGGUUCUUAAACCUCUCCAGCCUGGAUCUCCCCUCGAUUCCAAACUAAGCCCGGGAUGCCCGGCUUACGCAUCGCUGGCAACCUCCCAACGCCGGAAGCCCAUUAUGCCCACCCUUUAAAGCAGCUGGACGAAGGGACGCGCGCUCUCCUCCUUUACGGCAGGGGUGCGCGCGUUUGCGACAGCGUGACGCCCGCAGAGUUUUGGCGGGAAAAGCGCAGCAUUUGGAUUCCUGUGGUGGCGGCCAAAGGACGGCCUGCCGUGGUCCGUGGUGGAGUCAUGGCGGUGCCCUUUGUGGAAGACUGGGACUUGGUGCAAACCCUGGGAGAAGGUGCCUAUGGAGAGGUUCAACUUGCUGUGAAUAGAAGAACCGAAGAAGCAGUUGCAGUCAAGAUUGUAGACAUGAAGCGUGCCGUAGACUGUCCAGAAAAUAUUAAGAAAGAGAUCUGUAUCAAUAAAAUGCUAAAUCAUGAGAAUGUGGUGAAAUUUUAUGGUCACAGGAGAGAAGGCAAUAUCCAGUAUCUAUUUCUGGAGUACUGUAGUGGAGGAGAACUUUUUGACAGAAUAGAGCCAGACAUAGGCAUGCCUGAACAAGAUGCUCAGAGGUUCUUCCAUCAACUCAUGGCGGGGGUGGUUUAUUUGCAUGGUAUUGGGAUAACUCACAGGGAUAUUAAGCCAGAAAAUCUCCUAUUGGAUGAAAGGGAUAACCUCAAAAUCUCUGACUUUGGCUUGGCAACGGUGUUUCGGCAUAAUAAUCGUGAACGUUUAUUGAACAAGAUGUGCGGUACUUUACCUUAUGUUGCUCCAGAACUUCUAAAGAGAAAAGAAUUUCACGCAGAACCAGUUGAUGUUUGGUCCUGUGGAAUAGUACUUACAGCAAUGUUGGCUGGAGAAUUGCCAUGGGACCAGCCCAGUGACAGUUGUCAGGAAUACUCUGAUUGGAAAGAAAAAAAAACAUACCUCAACCCUUGGAAAAAAAUUGAUUCAGCUCCUCUAGCUUUGCUGCAUAAAAUCCUAGUUGAGAAUCCAUCAGUAAGGAUUACCAUCCCAGACAUCAAAAAAGAUAGAUGGUACAAUAAACCACUCAAGAAAGGGGCAAAGAGGCCCCGAGUCACUUCAGGUGGUGUAUCAGAAUCUCCUACUAGAUUUUCUAAGCACAUUCAAUCCAAUUUGGACUUCUCUCCAGUGAAUAGUGCCUCUAGUGAAGAAAAUGUGAAGUAUUCCAGUUCCCAGCCAGAACCACGGACAGGUCUUUCAUUAUGGGACACCAGUCCUUCAUAUAUUGAUAAACUGGUACAAGGGAUCAGUUUUUCCCAACCCACGUGUCCUGAUCACAUGCUCCUGAAUAGUCAAUUACUUGGCACUCCAGGAUCCUCACAGAACCCUUGGCAGCGCUUGGUUAAAAGGAUGACACGAUUUUUUACCAAAUUGGAUGCAGACAAAUCUUAUCAAUGCCUGAAAGAGACUUGUGAGAAAUUGGGCUAUCAGUGGAAAAAGAGUUGUAUGAAUCAGGUUACUGUAUCAACAACUGAUAGGAGAAACAAUAAACUGAUUUUCAAAGUGAAUUUGGUAGAAAUGGAUGAGAAGAUCUUGGUUGACUUUCGGCUUUCUAAGGGUGAUGGAUUAGAAUUCAAGAGACACUUCCUGAAGAUUAAAGGGAAGCUGAGUGAUGUUGUGAGCAGCCAGAAGGUUUGGCUUCCUGCCACAUGAGAGAUCCAUUGGAUUCCUGAUGAAUAUAGUGCUGCUAUGUUGACAUUAUUCUUCCUAGAGAAGAUUAUCCUAUUCUGCAAACUGCAAACAAUAGUCUCUGAAGAGUUGACUUCCCUCUAGCCAAACAUUUUCCAAUUCUUUUUGCAUGUUCUUCAUACAAACAACAUCUAUAUCUUCACUGUAAGUAAAGCUUUGGGGAACCGAUGGAUAGAAUUCGUUAGAUAUUUCUUCAUCCUGUGUUUAGUGUCUAAAGACCCAUGUGAUGGAAACCAAGCUUUGGGGAUACAUGAGCUUACCAGCUUUUAUACCAAUGUAAUGAAAGAUGAUAUUCUUGUCGCAUUAUUGACAAGACAUUUGGUUUCAUCCAAAAAGUAGGUAUUUCCUCUAUGUUGAUUUAAUUAUAUGGAUGGAUUAGUAAUAAAGCAAUCCUGUGACUUUUGGACAGUAAAUUUUUCAGUCUAUAAAGUGAAGCCAACUUCAAAAAAUAUAUCCUCAAGAUUUGUACUUAUAUUUUCACAAGGGCCUUAUCAGAUAUAUAAAUCUGUUUUUGAAUUAUAACUGUUAAUUAAAAUUGCAAGUAGAUAUGUUUUCUCCAUUGUAGUUAAUAAUAUAUAAAAUACUGGUUGGUCUUUCAAGUAGAUGUUGAGCAUGGACUCUAGUGCUUAACUACCUUUACUCUAAAAUUACUGUUGCACAUUUAAAAUAUUUUUCUAUAUUAUUUUCUACUUUCACAGCCAUAUUUUAAUUCUUUAUUACAGAAAUAAAUUCUAUUUUGAAAAUGAAUAGCUAACUCUGUGGACUUCUUGGUGACCAAGCUUCUAGGUAGUAGGGAAUAAAAAAGGAGGGAGAAGUAAGGAAACUGUGAAAAAAAUAGAUCUGAUUCCUAAUUCUUUUACUAUUAGAUUUACUAAGACUUUGUUCUUCUGAUAAAAUAUAUAUUAAUUUUUGAAUGUAUUAGGUUGGGCCCUGUAUUCCUUUUUCCUGGUAAUUUAUAAAAUUAAUCAUCUUAGUCUGAAGCUAAGAACUUGUGAAAUUUUAUUGUUAGAGUUUAUUGCUUAUUAGUGUAUACUGGUAAAUUGUGUUAACUGCAGUAUAUCCAUAGGAGAAAUAAAUUUGAAGUGAUAGGUGACUCCUAAGAAUUGAGCCAGUAAAUUCUCAAAUAUGAAAAAUUUUGUUCUUGAAAAUUGUCUUUAGUAACUCUCAAAAACAGUUAUCUCAGACUUUGGCCUCUCCUGUGAGCUUUCGACUAUUAAAGACACAGCCAAGCUGACAUUUCCACUUGACUCAUAGUGAACAUGUGACCAAAACCAGCUUUUGGUCUGUGUCUUCUAACCUGUUCCUCCCUAGUUUCUCUUUAUGCCAGUAAUGCUACAUUCAGCUCUCCGGUUCUCUAAGCCAAAACCCCAGGAACCUUCCUUGACUUGGUUUUCAUAUUGUACAUUUAAUACAGCAAAUCCUAUUCAAUUUAGCAAAUUAUUCACAAUCUAUCCUACUUCACACUUCUACUAGAAGCACUCUAGUUGAAGGCACUGUUACCUCUCUUUUCAUAUUACUUAUCCUUCAACAGUUCAAAAAGGCAGCCAGAAUGAUCUUUCAAAAAUGUGAAUCAGGAAUCCUUCCCCUGUUCUCAACUCUAAUGGCUUUUCAUCACACUUAAAACAAAAUUCAAAAUUUUCUCUUUUACCUCCUGGCUUUAUGGGAUCUGCUGUCUUACCAGCAUCUGGGCCUGCUUUGCCACUUUCUCACUUAUCCUGCCCUAGGUGCAUUUGCUUUGCACAUAUUCUUAUUUCAAGAUCUUUUCCUUUGCUGUUCCCUUUCCCUGGAGUGCUUUACUCCCAAACAUUUGUGUGGCUUGCGCUUCACUUUAAGUCCUUGCUUAAGUGUCACCCAUUAUGCAAAGUCUUUCCUUGACUUAUCUAAAAUGUUACCCCACUUCUAUCAUUCUUUACUUGUCAUCAUAACACUUACUAUCUGAUGUUAUAAGAUAUUUUUAUUUACCUAUUAAAUGUCUAUUUCCCUCAUUGCAGUAUGUAAUAUAUAAGCUCCUUGAGGUCAGGGAUCCUAUAUGCUGUGUUCAGUUCUGUGUCCCCAGCACCUAUAGGAACAGUGCCUGAUGUCUUACAGCAUGCAAUGAAUAGUUGUUAAGUGAAGAAAUAGAUACUCAUUGAUCCGGUAUAUCCUUAGAAUAGAUCUGGGAGCUGAAGACUACUGUCCAUUUUGAUUGCUGCCACUCUUAAUUCAAGCUCCUUCAUCUCCUCCCUGGAUUUCUUACUAAAAACUAAUGUCUUCCCACUUCCACUCUUGGCAUUUCCCAACCCUCUCUCCCUCCAAGUCUUUUCUAGACAUAGGUCCUAACUUUUUUUUUU